AUGCGGAUCCAUCUAGUGAGCGGUGUCUUUGCCGCAACUCUUGUGACCAUCGUCGCGGCCAGGGAUGCCCAGGUCAAGCUGGGGCCUUCGGAGCCAGUCCUUGAAUCACCAGCACAAUGGCCCCAUUUGCCGAGAUACUACACGCUGCCGUCGCUGCGUGAGCAGGCCGAAAUCCAAGACGCAUGGACGCAGGAGCGGCGAGCCAAGAUCCCCGCCCUCCUAAAAAAGUACGGCGUCGAUGCCUGGCUGAUAAGCCAGCGUGAAUAUGCUGAAGAAACAGUCUUCUGGUCGCUCAAGUCCGCGCGCGAGUUCUCGGCGCGGCGGCGGACGACGCUGCUGUUCCUCGCCGAGGGCGACAACAGCACCGCGGCGUCAGCUUACAAAUGGAUCGACAACACGCCAGGGCUGUGGAGCGAGCUGCGCGGCGUGCUGGCCGCGCGCGACCCGCAGUCCAUCGCCCUCGACACGAGCCCCGAGAUCUCCUUCAGCUCGGGCCUGCACGCCGGCGAGCUCGAGGCCGUCUCCGCGGGCAUCGGCAAGCACUGGGCCGCGCGCUUCGUGUCCAAGCCCAUGCUCGCCGUCGAGUAUAUCGCCACCAUGACAGAGAGCCGCGCCAUCUGGUACAGGCGCCUCCAGUCGACAGCGUGGGCUAUGAUCUCCGAGGCCUUUAGCAGCCGCGUUAUCACGCCGGGCGUGACGACCACAACGGACGUCGAGUGGUGGCUGCGCGAGCGCAUCCAGCAGAUGAAUUACACGACGUGGUUCCACCCGGACGUGACUGUCAUCGACGAGCACGCCUUUAACGUCACGGCGGUGUCGUCGGCGGCGUCGUCGGCGGCGUCGUCAGCAGCGGGUGGUGCAGCGAGCGAGACCGUUAGAACCAUCCAACCCGGCGACCUGCUGCACGUCGACUUCGGCGUAACGGCUCUGGGCUUGAACACGGACACGCAGCACUUGGGCUACGUGCUGCGGCAGGGCGAGGCGGACGCGCCGGCGGGCCUUGUUGCUGGUCUGCGCAAGGCCAACCGCGCCCAGGACGUCGUCAAGGCGCACAUGGUCGUCGGCCGCUCCGGCAACGACAUCCUCGCGGCCGCGCUCGCGCAGCUGCGCGCCGAGGGCAUUGACGCAAAGGUCUACUCGCACCCCAUUGGCGACUGGGGGCAUGCAGCCGGGACGCUGGUUGGCAUGACCAACUUGCAAGACGGCGUUCCCGUGCUUGGCGAGCUCCCGCUGCUCCCGUCGACGUACUACAGCGUCGAGCUGCUAGUGGAGCACUUUGUGCCCGAGAGGGAUGCGACGCUGCGCUUCCCGCUCGAGGAAGACAUUCUCCACAAGCCAGAGUCGGAGUGGAUCUGGGUGUAUGGCAGGCAGGAGCGGUUCCAUCUCGUGCGGUCGCUUUUGCCUUCGGCUUCGGACGGGAAACUGGGUGUGCAGGCCGAGGACCUUUGA